AUGGUCACUGCCUUAGGAGAGAGAGGGGAGACUGUUUCGAGAAGUUCAUCGCAAAACCAGUUACCUCCCAACAGUGUAGCGUGCGCGAUGACGGAGUACGAGCGCAUUAAAACAAGUUGCCUUCAAAAACAUGAGCUAUGGGAAGACCCCGACUUCCCCGCGGUGCAGCCCUCUGUUUUCUACCACCAAGUCCCUCCCUUUACUUUUGAAUGGAAACGUGCUAAAGAAUUAUAUGCAAACCCAAAGUUUAUACUGGAUAACAACGACACGUUCGACGUAGUGACCGGCAGACUUGGAGAUAAAUGGUUGCUGUCAUGUGUUGGGGUGUUGUAUUUAAGCAAAGGACUUUUCUACAGAGUAGUGCCCGCUAACCAACGCAUCGAUUCUAAUUAUGCUGGAAUAUUUAGAUUUCGCCUUUGGUGGUGUGGGCAGUGGGUAGAAGUAUUGGUAGACGACAGGUUACCGACGGUGCACGGAAAAUUAGCGUUCAUGCAUUGCAGUAAUUCAGAGCAACUUUGGCCAGCUCUUUUAGAAAAGGCAUAUGCAAAGAUGCACGGAUCUUAUGAAGCACUUAAGUACGGCAACCUUUUGGACGGUCUUGCGGAUCUCACCGGCGGUAUCACAGAAUCACUAAAUGUCACCGACUUUAGCGACGCAGCUGCUUUACAUAGUCUUAUGAAAACCACAAGUAUAGUCACAGCCUAUCGGUUACCGAAUGCAGUAACGCAUUCAGUAAAAAGCAUAGAAUCUGGAAUGAAUUAUAGACUUUAUAAUGUUGAGAAGAUAGAAACCAUAGAAGGACCAGUAUUUUUGGUGCGGCUAGCAAGGCCGCCGGUGCCAGGAGAUACGCACAUUACACAUUUUGUUUUGGAUCAUGCAAGUUGGAGUUCCAUCCCGGUACACGAACGAGAGAGACUAACUUCUACCACAAAAGGAUUCUGGAUGCUAUACAACGAUUUUAUUUCAAUGUUCUCUCGCGUGGAAAUGGUACACUUAGAUAUAGAAACGAGUAAAGCUGAAACGUCAUUGAGUGAUAAACAAAAAUGGCAAGUGAAAAGUCAUCAAGGAAGGUGGAAGAAAGGUGUAACCGCGGGUGGAUGUAGAAACCACGUUAAUUUUUUUCACAUGAACCCCCAAAUACAGUUAGUGCUAAAUGAACCAGAUACCAUCAUAAUAUCGUUAAAUCAACACAGUAUCAUGGAACCAAAAGUUAUAGGAUUCAGUAUUUAUAAAAUUACAAAACCUCUUACGGAGACAGCUACGCCACUUUUUUUCAAAAAGACGAAGAGUUCUAUUAAUUCUCAAUACACAAACAGUCGGCAAGUUAGUGAGAGGUGUCACUUAGAAGCCGGCACUUAUUUAGUGAUACCAACUACCUUCGAACCGAGACAAGAAGCCAACUUUUCAGUAAGAGUAUUUUCAUUAAAGCAACAUAAGAUGAAUGUUUUGGACUGCGCCCCACAGAUGCUGAAAGCUGCAGUGCUAAAAGCACCGCCAGGCAUCGAGUCAAAUAGUUUUGCUCAGUACGAGUCACAAUUUAUUCAGAUAGCUGACGAGCACAAAACUAUAAACGCAUUUGAACUGCAAGAGUUACUCGAAAGAUGUCUACCAAAUGAUUAUAUAAAGAGUUGUGCGACAAUAGAAACUUGUAGGCAAAUAAUUUUGUCGAUGGAUAAGGACGGCUCGGGGCGGAUAACUCUAUCUGAUUUUAAGGACCUCAUAUGUAGCUUGAAGCACUGGCAGGUAGUGUUCAGAGCUCAUGCGCCGGAGAAAAUGAGUGUCCUCAGGAUCGAGAGGUUUCGUGACGCCCUCCGCGAUGUCGGCUUCGUCAUACCCGAGAAAGCAUUAUCGCUACUAGUAUUGAAGUAUAUGAGAAAAGACGGAAUGCUGCGAUUUGGAGAUUUCGUAUCAGCUGUUGUUCUUCUUCACAGAGCAUUUCAUAUGUUCUUCAGUAACUUCUCUACGAGUACAUUGAAAGUUAAUUUGACUUUUUCUGAGUGGCUGAAGUCGGCUUUCACAUGC